UCUCUCUUUGCCCGAUCGUUGAGCAUCAUACAUUGUCAGGAAAUCUUUAAACAUCAACACGUAUAGGAAUGGCAGACCUUUCGGAGGACGAUCACGCCGUGAUUUUAAGGUAUCCUUUGAAUGACUCACUUGAUCGAUUAGAAAAGCUUCUUCCAAACGCAGAGCAUCACUACAAUGAUGGCACGACAGAAAGCCGCGAAGCCUGCCAUGAUGCAACAUCGAAACUCCUCACCACCUUGAUGGGUGAAAAGUCAGCUUUCCACCUACGUUCACCAACAGGCAAUAAAAAUGUGGCAUCCGAGCUAUCAAGAUUAUUCACCUGCCUUCAAGAUGGCGACUUUAGCUAUGAACACUACCGGACACUAGUACAACUUGUCAUCCAAAAGGCGACCGAUGUUGACAUCUGGAAAGCCGUCCUCGACCUCAUCACCACCGUCUCGCGAACGACCCCUCCGGCGAGUAUACUUCCCACUUCCUUAGGAACGCCGAUCAAAUCCACCUCAUCAUCACAGAAAGGCUCCGAGCAGACACGUGAGUUGGUGAAUCCAAGGAUCUUUGAGGAGAUAAGUGGCUGCACAUUUCGAGGUGUCGAGGGCUUCUUUGUCAAGUACUUUGAGGGCAAAGACUGGAGCAACAAAGUGGAUGCCAUCUGUCAACGCGUGCUAGGCCCAGACAGUGAUGGUAAUUGGGCCCAGUUUCCCAAUCCUCCUACACAGAAUGAUGUCCUUGCCUGGUGGUUUCAUCUUCAAGAAGACCUUCUCUCAGAAUCACGCAGCACCUACUACUCCACAGUGAGCAAAGCAGAUCUUACUGGUUCAAAGGCAGAACGGCAAGUUGACCUUCUUUUACAAGCUAAGGGUGGGAGUCCCUUGCAAAACAAACACAACUGGACAGAUAUUCUGGUGGUUGGUGAGCUCAAAAAACCUAAGGAGAAGAUCAGAACUAAAGCCACACUGCUUCAGAUCAGUUGCUCUGUGCGUGAGGUCUUUGCUGCACAGCCCACUCGGCGGUUUGUCCAUGCAUUCACUGUCUGUGGGACAAAUAUGGAGGUGUGGGUAUUCGACCGCGCGGGCCCCUACAGCUCAAUAAUCAUUGAUGUCUACACAGACUCAAGACGGUUCUUUCAGGUGCUUGUGGGCUACACUAUGAUGAGUGAUGAAGAGCUGGGACUGGACACCUUUGUUGCUAGAGAUGAAGAUGGCAACAAAUCAAUAACUGUCAAAGGGCCUGGGAACUCAGAGGGAAAGAAGAUGCAGCUGGGUGAGAUGCUUUCCUAUCAGCGUGCCAUUAGGCGGCCAGAGGUGGAACUCCUCGAGUUGGUGGGUCAGAAGAAUGUCCAGGGGGUCGCCAGAAUCAUUGGCCACAGUACCAUCACUAGUAUCGCUGACAUGCGCUGCGGCCUGACCUUCAGCAACAAGCACCACAGCUUCAAAAGUGCUCCCCCCAGCACAGUCUCCUCAUUUCAUCAAUCUCAGCCGCUCACCGAUCCCUGUCGCUUAGAUAUCCGUCGAAAAUCAUCUUCCAAGAAACGCAGAUCUCCGGAAAAAGGGAUGCAUUCAUCCAAACGAUCACGUUCCAUCCAUCAACUGUCAAGGGACACUGAGGAGGAUGAAUUAGCUUUCUCCAUUCAGUCGGCACACAAGCCGAGCCUCUUUGAUAGGAAUGAUGAGGAACUCUAUGACAACCGUGUCCUCCACUGUCUGGUGAUAUCGCCCGCUGGCCGGCCAAUCUACAAGUACAAAUCACCCUUGGAGCUGCUCAAGGCGCUUCGUGAUGCAAUAAAGGCACAUCGGUCUCUUUAUCUGGAUGGAAACAUCCUUCAUCAGGAUAUUUCAGAGAACAAUAUAAUAAUAACCGAUCCAGGCAAGGCAGAUGGUCACUCAGGCAUGCUAAUUGAUCUGGAUCUUGCCAAAGAAGUUGGGAGUGAGCGAAGCGGCGCGCGGCACCAGACUGGCACAAUGGAGUUCAUGGCAAUUGAGGUGCUGCUUAAUAUUGAUCAUACCUAUCGGCAUGAUCUUGAGUCUUUUUUCUACGUGCUUAUCUGGCAGUGCGCCCGUAAUGGCUGGGGGAAGGAUAAGUAUUCUAGAGAUAGUAAACUUCGUGCCUGGUACACUGGUAACUAUGAGGACAUUGCAAAUGCCAAACUUGGUCAUAUGAGCAAAGCUGAAAACAUGGGAUUUGGAUUCAUUUUGAGGGAGUUCCCUCCAAAAUUUCAUGGCAUUGUAUCACUUUGUCAGGUCCUACGAGACAUUCUCUUUCCUUACAAUGACAAAGGUCUUAUUGUUGGCACUCCUCAAGACUCAAACCGCCUGUACCAUCCGAUCAUCAAGGCUUAUGAUGACGCGAUCACCCAGGUUGAACUUGGAAACCUCACUCAUGAUAAAUCUAUUUAGUGUGCUCUCAGAGUUAAAGUUUCUAUUGAUUUGUUGCCGCAUUCACAGUCUAUUUUGAGUGGAGGGAUUUUGUCUUAGGGCCUGUUCGGUGCGGCCGUGUGUACUCGUUCUUUUUGUACGGAUCUCCACUUUUUUUAAAAAGUACAGAGCGUCUGUACUAAUAUUACAGCUGCUUUUUACAAAGUACAGAUGAAAAAGGCCAGGUGUUCAGUGAAUUGAGCAUCCGUACUUGCAUCUUUUGCCAAGAUCUUAUGAAUAAGCAGUAUUUAACUUCAACAGUGUGUGAUGAUGUAGAAUAGCACUUUUAGAGGCAAUAUAGUGUGGAAUAGUGUAGAAUAGUGUUCAUAGUGAAGAUAGUUAACUAAUAUUAGUUAGAAGGAAGCUCACAAAAACAUGUUCUUUUUGAAUGGAGUUCAGAGUCAGUUCAAAAAGAAUGUGUUUU